UAUCCUAAAUAAUUUAAUUUUGUAUUUUAAUGAAAGAUAAAUAAGACAUGAACAAUUUAAUUCAAUAGUAGAGAUGAAAGAUCAAAUCGGAUAGAUACAUAGUAUAAAUUUUGGCUAGAAAACCCCAACAGAAUGACAUUGCAGAAAGAAGAAACAGAACUCUAAAAGAAGCUGCUCGAACUAUGAUUGCAGAAUCAGGUCAUCCAAUGAGAUAUUGGGUUGAAACAAUCAAUAAUGCAUGCUAUAUACUCAAAACAAAAGCAUGAUACACAAAAUUUACCAGAAGACCCCAUGAGCUAUGUACAAUGGCGGAUGACGUAGUAUUCAAGGGUAUUCACUUGAACACCAACAAAUUUCAAUUUUUUUUAAUCAAAACGACAUCAUUUUGAUGGUUAUACAAAAAAUGAAACGUAGUCGUUUGGUGAUAUUCAGCAGUUCAAACCUGCGUUACUGUGUAUUCACGAUGGUUCCAACUUCCAAGAUAGGUCUUCACCGAAAUCCUUCCACAAACUGAAAUUCUUCCACCCUUGCCCGCUUCGGCUCCGUCAGUCAGCUUCUCACACCCAAGCUCCAGCCUCUAGGCUCCAGAUUGUCUUGCAAGUUGGUUGAUUGCUUGGUUUCUUUAAGUAUUUUUUAUUUUUGACUUUGAAAAUCGGAAGAAAUAUCAUAUACGGAACAACGGAAGGUGUAGGGUUGAAGGUAUUAUAUAUUUAUAUGAUGAUGUACUGAUGUAUGGGCGUAUGGCUAAUUGGCUAAAGAUUAUUGAAAAUUGAAAUGCACCCAAGCCCUGAUCUCUUUAUGACUUUAUCUUUUCUGCCUUUUUCAGAGUUCUAAAUACAGACUCAUAAAUUAGUAUAACUGAUAUAUGGAGUGGCAAAGAGUAAAAAAAUCAGUAGGAAUAGUAAGACACUACUUUAUGCGUGGCUAAUGUGCAGAAAGUCAAUAACCCACUAGGUAGAAAUAAUAAGAUAUUGAAAAAGUCAGUCAGAGCAUUACAACAAUACACCAUUGGAUGCCUACUCAUUUCAUUAUUAGCCUAAAGUCCUAAACUGAGUUAUCCAGUGUUCAAGUAGCAGAACUCCCUGUGAUUAACCAAAUGAAUAAAAAGGAUAAGGCUCUUAUACUUUAUUAAUAUAUUAUGGAGUAUGUUUUACUUUUUAAUGUAGUAAUUUUUUGAUUGAUAAAGACACAAUUGUUGAAUCAUAGCAUUAGAUAUGAUUAUUGUGAUACUUUUAACUUUACUUUAAUUUCAAACACCCAAAAUGUUCAUCUUCUGAUUCAUCAGGGCUUGGGUGCAUUUUUUUGGGUGUUUGAAAUUAAAGUAAAGUUAAAAGUAUCACAAUAAUCAUAUCUAAUGCUAUGAUUCAACAAUUGUGUCUUUAUCAAUCAAAAAAUUACUACAUUAAAAAGUAAAACAUACUCCAUAAUAUAUUAAUAAAGUAUAAGAGCCUUAUCCUUUUUAUACAUUUGGUUAUUCACACGGAGUUCUGCUACUUGAACACUGGAUAACUCAGUUUAGGACUUUAGGCUAAUAAUGAAAUGAGUAGGCAUCCAAUGGUGUAUUGUUGUUAUGCUCCAGCUGACUGAUUUUUUCAAUAUCUUAUUAUUUCUACCUAGUGGGUUAUUGACUUUCUGCACAUUAGCCAUGCAUAAAGUAGUGUCUUACUAUUCCUACGAUUGUUUUACUCUUUGCCACUCCAUAUAUCAAUUAUCAGUUAUACUAAUUUAUUAGUCUGUAUUUAGAACUCUGAAAAAGGCAGAAAAGAUAAAGUCAUAAAGAGAUCAGGGCUUGGGUGCAUUUCAAUUUUCAAUAAUCUUUAGCCAAUUAGCCAUACGCCCAUACAUCAAUACAUCAUCAUAUAAAUAUAUAAUACCUUCAACCCUACACCUUCCGUCGUUCCGUAUAUGAUAUUUCUUCCGAUUUUCAAAGUCAAAACUCAAAAAUAAAAAAUAUUUAAAGAAAGCAAGCAAUCAACCAACCUGCAGGACAAUCUGGAGCCUAGAGGCUGGAACUUGGGUGUGAGAAGCUGACUGACGGAGCCGAAGCGGGCAAGGGUGGAAGAAUUUCAGUUUGUGGAAGGAUUUCGGUGAAGACCUAUCUUGGAAGUUGGAACCAUCGUGAAUACACAGUAACGCAGGUUCUAGGAAGGUGUGGGCGCACUCUGACGUCCCCUAAAGAUGGGACCAUAGGCAUUUGUAAUCUUCUCCAAUCAUUCUAUCACUUAUUUAUGACAUUAGUAUUCAUAUAGAUGGGCUACUAGCUGAUUUGUUCAUAUAUUUUCACUCACUUUUUUUAGCGUUUCUUGUCAAACUCGGGACAAAUUAUACAUUUUUCUGCGUUUUUGUUGCAUUUUUGUUAUGUUUGAAAUUAGCGUUGAAAUUUACAUUUUUGAGUGAUUUGUGUUUAAUUGGAUUGAUUUUAUGUUUUUUUUUUCUUCUUAUUUGUGUUAUCAAAUUUGAGCAUUCUAUUAUAUUUCAAUGUUUUUCUUGAUACAAUAAACAAAUGAAGUGCAUUAUUUUUCUAAUAAAUGAAGUGCCUUAAUUAAUCCAGAAAAGCAAAAAAAGAAAAAAGCUAACUGCAGCUGAGCUGCGUGAAAAGAAAGAAAAGCAAACGAAAGAAAAGAAAAGAAAAUAAGGAGAAAUGAAAAAAAAAGACAGCUAAAAAAUGAUCCUGAUGGGCAAGAUAAAUAAGGCUGCCGACACUACUGACGGUGGAUAAGAGAAUCCAGACCAGCAGCUAUUGACGAGAAAAAAAAAGACUUGGGAGAGCGGCUGGCAAAAAAAAACACAAUUUACCCGCGGCAGAGAACAUAUAGCAGCUGACCGGAAGGGAAGAAACGCAGGACGAAUACCGCAGCGAGCUACUCCAUGUUCAUUCAUCUUUCAAUCUUAGUUGUUAAGAAAUGGACGGUGGUGGCAAGGUUACGAGAAGGAACCCGACGGGCCGUGCACCGAUGGGGACCGGGCAGGGGAGCCGUGGGGCCUCUAGAGUGUCUAGAGGGGCGAGCCAUGGAGGCUGAUCGCACUCUGUGAGCGACGGCCAUGUUGACACCGAGGAUGAAACCUACUGGUCCUACGAGGACUCGACUUAUCAGCCGGAGACUGAGCCGGUUGAGACCCCUUACGAAGGGGACGAUGAUGAUAUGAGUGAUGAAGAUGGGGAGAAUGACUCCCUAGCAAGAAUUGAGACGUUGCUCCGGCAAUACCAGCGGGAGCGUGAAGAAAGGAGGGAACGCCGAAGGCGCCGAGGGGGGCAAACUUCGGGUAGGGCUUCAAGAGGAAGAAGCCAUGGUGACUCUAGGGCCCACAUUGAACCACAUGGGGGCCGGGGUGAUGGAGGUCCAAUCAUAAGGAUCUCAAAAUUUCUCAAGGAGGCGAGAGACUUGGGGUGAAAACCCUUCAAUGGAACGGGUGACAUCUCGGAUGCCGCGGAAUAGAUCAAGAGGCUGAACGAAGCAGCCCUUGAUAUGCAACUCACCCCCGAGUUUAAACUCAGGGUGGCAGUGAGAUUGCUUGAAGGGAUGGCGUCCACAUGGUGGGACGGGGCCAAGGGCAAGUAUGGCAGAACCGUGACUUGGGAGAAUUUCCGACAGGAGUUCUUUGCUCAAUACUAUUCUGAUUUUGAGGUGAACACUAAGAGGAGAGAGUACACCCUCCUGACCCAAGGUGGCAAAAUGACGGUGAGGCAACUUGAACACAAACUCAGGGAGCUAGCCGAGUUCAUACCAGAGUAUGUUUGCGACGAGAACCGAAUGGUUAACCAUUUCUGGGAUGCCCUGGAUUUGGAAAAACGUGAGAGGGAAACACAAUUGCCCAACAUGACCUUCAUCCAAGUAGUUGAACAAGGGUUGAAGGGAGAGAAGGAAUGGGAAGAAAAGAAGAUGAAAAACGCCGAAGAGGCGAAGAAGAGAAAGUGGGAGAACCAUGGACCUCAAGGUCCUAACAAAAAGGGGAAUCAUGGAGGAGGAGGAUCCUUUCAGGCACCCUCACUACCACCUAGGGGAAGCCAAGGCCUGGGCGGGCAAUCACAAGCCUCAGGGACGACUCGUUGCAGAAAUUGCAAGAGGAACCACCUGGGAAAAUGUCGUGACCCUCCCAGAUGCUACCAAUGUGGGAACACCGGGCACAUGAAGAUGAAUUGCCCACAACUGGGUGGAACAAGAGCCUCAGGACCAAGUAGUGCUACUACCGGGGCACGGAAUCAAGUCGGGGCUUCCCAAGCAUCUAGGGGACAAGGAGGAGCAAGCGCGAGUCACGCGCCAUCCGUGAACCAGGGAAAUACUCAAGCCAGAGUCUAUGCGAUGACGGAGGCGGAUGCUCAAGCUAACCCGGACUCUGUCGCAUGUAUUACAUCAAUUUUGAAUGUCUUUAGACUUAUUUUGAGUGAGGGGAGCUGUGGAGGUUGGGUACAGGUCAUCCCGGGGGCAAACCGGGGGGUUUCGCACGGUGCGGGCAAGGUUUUUCCCACGCACGGCCGGACGCACGCGUGCGUGCCUCCGUGCGUGGGUGGAAGUAGCCAUCCGGUGAAGAAUAUUCAUGCACACACGCGUGCGUCCCCCCCACACACGCGUGCGUGACACCCUGACUGCCCGACGUUGAUUUUUUCGCACUGAAUUGCGACGUUAAGGCCUCUCCUUGAUCCCAAACAUGUGUAUGAGCAUAAUAAACCACUAUAAAUGUAUAUAGAUGGUAGGAAGGCAUCUUACAUGGCUUAUAAAUGUAGGAACACUAAAGAUUAAUGGGAAGGAUGCGCGAAUCCUUAUCGAUACCGGGGCGCAAUGUUCAUUCGUGAGUGAGGCG